AUGGGUUUCAAGUUCACCUACCUAUGCAAUCUGCUCUCGUCUCUCGAGGACAACAGGAUCCUGAAAGCAACGACGCAGGCGCGGAAUCGGAAUCCAGAUGCUCGGGUUGUGACCGAGUGGUUUGCUCGCCAUGGUAAACGGAUCCGCGAACCCGACACCAAUCAACUAGCUCUGUUUUCAUGCAUGUUCCCGGAGAAGCGACCGGAUCGAGUAUACUGGCUGCAGGAUACCAAUUUAGCGAGGGUUAUUGGCCGCUGUUUACUUCUUGGAUCCUCCCGGCGUGAGGAGCUUGAAAAAUGGCGCACAUCCGGCGGAGCAGACCUCGGUCAAUGCGUGGAGGAUGUGAUGCGCCAGGCAGAGAACCAUAUCAGGGCUGGCCAAGAAGUCACUGUGGAGGAGAUUGAAGAGGCGCUGAAUCUAAUAGCAUCUCGAUGUCGGUUCUCCGGCCCGAGGGUUCGAAGACAGCGUUCAGCUGUUGACGUUGAGGAGACGCUCUCCCCUCUUUACCGUCGUCUUAGCAGCAGGGACGCCAAAUGGCUGACUCGAAUGAUACUUAAAAGCCAUUUCUCCUGUAUUAUACCAGAGAGGCUGGCAUUAAGGAAAUUUCAUUUUCUGCUACCUCAUCUACUUCUCUUUCAGAAUUCAUUCGAGGCUGCCGUCAAUUUGCUGUCCUCACAACCAAUCUCUCAUUUCCCGCACCAGCCUGAGCCUGGACUAGCAAAGGACCUUGGAAAAAUAGCCUUAUAUCAUCUCAGUCCAGAGAUCGGUAUCAAAAUUGGACGGCCGGAUUACUACAAGGCACGAAGCAUUAGACAUUGUUGCAAUAUGGUUAGCCAGCGAAGAAUGAGUGUUGAGAGGAAGUAUGAUGGCGAAUAUUGCCAGAUUCAUAUUGAUCUAUUGAAGCAGUCAAGUUCAAUCCAAAUCUUCUCUAAGAGCGGCAAGGAUUCUACGGCAGACAGAGCAGGCAUUCAUCAAGCGGUCAAGGAGUCCUUGAGAGUAGGCAGAGAAGGUUGCAGAUUCAAACGCCGUUGCAUUUUAGAAGGCGAGCUGCUUGUUUGGAGCGACAAGCACCAUAAAAUCGAGCAUUUUCAUAAACUACGCAAAUUUGUCUCGCGAUCCGGUGCUUUUAUUGGCACAGAAAGCGAUUCUCCACCACAACCUUAUGAACACUUGAUGAUGGUCUUUUUUGACGUCCUACUCCUCGACGAUGACAUUUGUUUACGCAAGCCACACCGAGAAAGACGUCUGCUGUUGAAGGACACAGUAAAAAUAAUGCCCGGCCUUGCCGAUAUUGCUGAACAACGUAUCAUUGAUUUCUCUCGCUCGGAUGGUCAAAGCAAACUUGAAGCGCUCUUCUCCAUGGGAGUUUCUGAGCGAUGGGAAGGUUUCGUUCUGAAAGGCUGCGAGGAUCCAUAUUUCCCAAUUCUAAUUGAUCCAGGAGAUAACUGUGAUGGCCGUUGGAUCAAGCUCAAGAAGGACUACAUUCCAGGGUUAGGCGACACAAUAGAUCUGGCAUUGGUAGGCGCAGCAUAUAAAUCCCGUGAUGCCUCCACGCUCGGGUUGGAGAAAGAGCUAUCGUGGACGCACUUUUUUGUGGGCUGUCUCGACAAUAAGGAUGCUGUCCUGCAAUCCAAUGCCAAACCUAGACUUUAUGUUCUAGAUGUGAUCGAUCACCAUUGCAUGAGCCAAACGAAUAUGCGGAUGCUGAACAUCUUUGGCAAGUAUAGCGCGCGGAGCGUAGACUCCGAACACGGCCUUGACAUCGAUUAUGUACGGCCGGGCAUGCCACGAAUAGACGUUGUGUUCAAAACACCGUUCGUUGCUGAGAUGCUUGGGAGCGGGUUUGAGAAGCCGUCGGCCGCUCGGUUUUAUACCCUUCGUUUCCCAAGGAUUUUGAAAAUUCACUCAGAUCGACCGCUCGAAGAUGCUGUGUCAUUUCGAGAGUUGCAGCUUCUGGCUGAAACUGCGAUAUCAGCUCCCGCAGAGGACAUCCUAGAGCAAGAGGCAGAAUGGGCAAAGCGCGUCAAAUUGAGCACGUCUAUGCCUGGUUAUUUUCAGGAUCGUUCUCAGAGUUUAUCCACCGAAGCCUCCCCAAUCUUAUCCAAGAUGCCCCCUACUACGGCGUUUGAAUCUGAGCAAGCCAAACCCACAUGCCGUUCCAACCUAGGAGCUUUAUGUCAAGAACCCCAAGAUGGCCCAGCGAAACAAGUCUCUCUACAAACCGAAACUUUCACAAAGGCCAUCCCUGUAUACGUCGAUACACGUCCGACAUCAACUUCGUCAGCCGGGUCGCCGGAGCCUGCAGGCAGCGUCUUAACGAGCAACGAGAAUCUUUCUCAAGGAAAUGCUAGAAAACGGAAAGCAGCAUUGCCAGCGUUAAAUCCACACACCAAGGGCGUCUGCCAAGGGUCAAGGAAGGAUGUUAAAUCAAUGGGUGAUAACAUUAGCCCAACACCGCGGAAAACGUCUGUCCCGGCAUGCCUGGGAUUGGCAAAAAAAGGUCGAAGCAACGGCACGAUCGUUGGGGCUUCUGAUAAUACUUGUCAGGAGGUGUUGAAAUCCGUUCAGUCUCCUCUCACUAGGAUUCCUGUGUUCAUUCAUUCAGAAGUUGUGCCCAAAGAGCAGUCACCUUUCAAUGCUCUCACAAACAUUGCCCAUACGCUAGAAGAAUUUCUUGUCAUGCUAAAACAAGGGGACUACGAAUCUAAUACACAGGAGCCAACCGCGACUGCUGCGUCCCAGCUUCCUCUUUCGGUCAUCGUAUUCAUAGACUAUGGUCAGCACUCCCUCGGCGAAACCCUGCUCCAACUCAACAAACGCAUCUCACAAGCCUUCUCUGUAUCUCCAUCCAAUUACCACCCCAAAGGACGAGUCUUUCUCCUCAACUCAACCUUCCUUCAACUUAGAGUGAACUGGAAAAGCAACGAGUUCUGUCUGCGCAAGAUCUGGGAAAAGAUCAGCCGACAUUAUUUCUACGCUUGUAUAGCGUGGGACCCAGAAACACAACAUGAGACGCCAAAUGACGAAGUUUCUAUUACCCCGAUGGACGAUAACACUUAUACUUCUCGAGAUGGUCCCGGCACGAUCUCAAGGCGGAGUGGGGACAAUUUGCCCGAGUUUAGGAUAUCGUUUGAUCGGAAGGAGCUCCUCAGCCUUGGGCAGUUUAGUUCCCUUGAUCCUUUGGUUCGUGUUUAG